AACAGUGAUCUCCAUCUACAGAGAGUCUCUCAGUCUCCACAGACCACCUCCUCUAACACUGGCUAAAACGUAAGUUGUCAUGUCCACCAGAGCUGUGAAGAGCUACUCUGUGAGGCCCUCCUCUGCAGGCAUGGGCUCCCCUCAGAACUUCAGCAGCAGCUCCUACUCCGGUGGAUAUGGCGGUGCCAGACAGAGCUACAGCGUCCGCAGCUCCUACGGGGGCGUUGGCAGCAGCGCCAGGGGCGUUGCAGCAGGUGGUUAUAGGGUAAUUGUGGCUGGGGGGUCCGUGCAAAGACGGGGUGUGAUGGAGUUUGGGUAUACGGUCAUGGGUGUUGGCGGUGGUAUGGGUGUUGGCGGCGGUAUGGGUAUGGGGGGUGGUAUGGGGGGUGGGACGAUGAACUGUACUGGACCCCCUCAAAUCACAGCUGUUCAGGUCAACCAGAGCCUGCUGGCACCACUGAACCUGGCGAUCGACCCCAACAUCCAGGUUGUCCGCACCCAUGAGAAGGAGCAGAUCAAGACCCUCAACAACCGCUUUGCCUCCUUCAUCGAUAAGGUGCGUUUCUUGGAGCAGCAGAACAAGAUGCUGGAGACCAAGUGGAGCCUCCUGCAGGACCAGACCACCACCUGCUCCAACAUCGACGCCGUGUUCGAGGCCUACAUCUCCAACCUGCGCAGACAGCUGGACGACCUGGGCAACGAGAAGAUGAGGUUGGAGUCGGACCUGCACAACAUGAAGGGUCUGGUGGAGAACUUCAAAACCAAGUAUGAGGAUGAGAUCAACAAGCGUAACGAGUCUGAAAACAAUUUUGUUCUCCUGAAGAAGGAUACAGAUUCUGCAUACAUGAUCAAGAUGGAGCUGGAGGCCAAGCUGGACUGUCUCACUGAUGAGAUUGAGUUCCUCAGGAGUAUCUAUGAUAUGGAGCUGCGUGAGCUGCAGGGCCAGAUCAAGGACACCUCUGUGGUGGUAGAGAUGGACAACAGCCGUAACCUGGACAUGGACUCCAUUGUCGCUGAAGUGCGCGCCCAGUACGAGGACAUCGCCAACCGCAGCAGAGCUGAGGCCGAGACUUGGUACACACAGAAGUAUGAACAGAUGCAGGUGUCAGCCAGGAAGUAUGGGGACGACCUGAAAAACACCAAGGCAGAGAUCGCAGAUAUGAACCGUAAAAUCAUGAGAUAUCAGUCUGAAAUUGACAUGAUGAAGGGUCAGCGCAACCACCUGGAGAACCAGAUUCCUAAGGCAGAGGAACGCGGUGAGCUGGCGGUGAAGGACGCCAGGCUUCGCAUCAACGAUCUCAAGGUGGCCCUGCAGAGAGCCAAACAGGACAUGACCAUGCAAGUCCGCCAGUACCAGGAGCUGAUGAAUGUCAAGCUGGCCCUGGACAUUGAGAUCGCCACCUACAGGAAGCUGCUGGAGGGAGAGGAGAGCAGGCUCGUGACUGGAAUCAAGUCGGUCAGCAUCUCCAAACAGUCUUCUUCAAUAAACUACAACUCUUACCCCCUGGAGAGCAGUCACACCACUAGCUACGCCCAGGGCUCAAUAGGCGGAUACAAGAGCAGCAGCACUUACAUCAGUGGCCAUGAGAACAGCCAUGUAGGCCACAGUUUUGACCUGCCUGGCAGUAUCAUCCUGGGAGCCACCAACGGUAUCCAGGUCUCUACCAGCAGAGACGUGGAUGCCAGCAUCAGCCUGGGAGGCAGCAAAGGCACCAGCAGAGAUGUGGAUUCCAGCAUCACCCUGGGAGGCAGCAAAGGCACCAGCAGAGAUGUGGAUUCCAGCAUCACCCUGGGAGGCAGCAAAGGCACCAGCAGAGACAUGGAUUCCACUGUCACCCGAGGAGAUGAAUGAGGAGACUUCGUCAUCACAGGCGACCAUGGAAUUUGUUUAUUCUUUCUGUGACAGAUUUGUGCUUCCACAACCUACUUUUCAGCCUUCCACUCACAUUCAUUUGACUUUUCUAGCCAGGUUAGUACAUAAUUUACCUGCUAAACAGUGACCUUUCAAACAGGCUAAUUAGAUCCACCUGGAAUCACAGGCAGUCUAACUGUAACUUAAUUUUCCUACCCACAAAUAGUCUGGUUUAAAGUGGUAAAUGUGAAGGGUUAUGUAUUCCUGAAAGGCCCCUGAAAGUCAACCCCUUAUGCCUAUUUGGCCUACUUGUGUGGUCUCGUUCACUGUCAAUGGAAGCUAUCCAUCUCAUUUGUCUGUCCACACCUGAGUCACCAGCAGGUGCCAUUGUAGCAGGUGUUUUUCUCUCUGCUUGCUCAGAGACCCAUUAAAGCACUAGGAGAA